GUUUCGCAGUUAUGUGCUCAGUUACCCAUCUUUUUACCUGUCCAGAGUACCCCCGCUUCUUCUAACUCUCAAAUAAAGCUCCCCCAUUUUAUCGCAUAUGUACUUCAUCGCACUAAACUCCAUGCUUCCGUAACCUUCGCUGCUCUCAUCCUGCUCCAGGGAUUCAGGGCACGCUUUAUUAAAAUUUUACGGUCGUCGGUCACUCGCAGUUGUGCAAUGUGCGCCCUUGUAUAAGACUAUCCAUCAAUAGUAUCGUAUUCAUUGAUGUGCUUACACGCUAGGAUACAAAUAACACAAACGUCCAAACGAAGUCUAAUUGCCACCUCAGCAACAGGAAGCGCCACUUCAAGUAAUGGCGGUAGCAGGGAGAGCCAGCGUGCGGGCAGUGGGGAUACA